AUGUCGCCGGACAAGAGCGAUGCGGGCUUAGAAGUUGCAAGCCGCCAUGAAGCCGACGAGACACAUCCCGAGGGCCCUACCGACGAUGACCGUGACGCGCAGCCUAAUUCAGUCACCACCGGUCAAACGAAGUGCUCAAUCUGUCAGAGUACCUUCCGGCGGCCUGAGCACUUGAAGCGACACUUUCGUAGUCACACCAAAGAGAAACCUUUUGAAUGCGCACAAUGCGGUCGGCACUUUUCACGAACUGACACUCUUCACCGCCAUGAGUUGAGUCACCAUACCGUGGGAACCGACGGCGGAAAAGACCGCACCCAUCGUAUCACAGUCAAGACCUUUCGAGCAUGCUUCAAAUGUGCGGUAGCACGAGUUCGUUGUAGUGGGGGCUCCCCGUGUGUCCGCUGCGAGAACCGAUCUCUCGAAUGUCAGUACCCAACGGAGAGGCGGUCUAAGGUAAAAGCGCGAAAGGAUGCGCCCGCCGAUGGGGUCCUGGACAAGGACAACCGUUCAUCAAUGCAUGCUUUCAGCGCUACAUCUUCGAGGAUGGAAGAAGAUGUUUCUCACAGCCAGACUGGGUCAAAUCCUUCACAUCGGCCUCCUGAGUACCAGGUCGGCCAAUUCCAACUGCAACUUUCAAAUAUAAGUGGCCUCAGCCCGCCUUCCACUGUUGCGGCCGAACGCAACCCGUAUACCUUUUCCAGAAUACAGCAAAGCGACAUUCAAAAUGCCCGGAGACCUUCUCAAGCCGAAAGUUUGAGUCUGGCGAGUGAACCAGCAGACGGACGCCGAUUUUCCUUACAGCCAUACCCUGCGCUAGAGGUCCAGCGCGCAUAUCCACAGUUACCCAUAUCAGAAGAUCGAAGUACACUUUCGGAUGGUCACAGGCUUUCAACCAGCUCUCACAUGGGCAGUUUUCCGCCGGGAGUGACAGGCUCCACCCCUCAUGUGGAUAUCACGACAGCAGGGACCAGUUCGCAGGUACCGCUGGGCCUCGCGCCCUCUUUCCUGGACCAGUCCAUGUUUUCCACCAUUAAUUGGCUUCCAAGUGAUUUGCUGCAAGAUCCUGCCAAUGAAAGACCUGCUGCGUCAUCGCAUUCGUUGCAAUCGGCAGCCCUUGACAGCCCUUGGGGUCGAACGCCAUGGCUACCUCCAGUCAUCAACAUGAAUAAUAGCUCAGCCUUACCUGAGAAUGUCUCCCAAUCACCAAUGGGAAAUGUGUCCUUAGGACCAGUUAUGGCAAGUAAUGAAAAUUACAGACAAAAUACCGGUCAUUCGUCUUCACUAUCGACUUCUAUAUCGUCAACGCCAUCAAACCUGGAAUCUAGUGCUACCAAGCGCUCGGCAGAUCACUACAUAGAGAGUGAUGGCGCCAGGCUUUCAAAGUAUAGGCGGAGACAGAAUUCCUGUGAUGUACAUUCUACGGAGUUUGCCGACAUCAUAACCCGAUCACAACAAACUGGCGAUGCACUGGGUUUUUCUUUCCCUGUGUUCGAAGAGACAGAAAACUUUACUUCCGGCGAGCAUGUUUCUGAUUAUCUGAUCGAACCCUCCACAUACGAUAAAAUUCGCGGAUGCUUCACAGAACUGUGUUGCUCGGAAAAUAUUCUUUACCCAAAGUUUGAGUCCGAAAGAUUUCCUGCCUCGAAUACGCUCUCCAAUUUCAUACAACAUUACUUUGGUUCUUUUCAUGCGGUGUAUCCUAUUCUUCACGCCCCUACUUUCGACCCAAACAAAUGCCAUUGGCUAUUGACUCUAGCAGUGUCGGCAAUAGGAUGCCAUCUUGUGGAUUUUGCUGGACAAGAGGCAUCUAGUGCAGCAUUUCAUGAAUUUCUCCGGCGAGCGAUCACCGUGGAGAAGGAGAAAAGCUGCGCCAGUCAGACUCCUCUUUGGCUUAUUCAAGUAUCAACACUCAAUCACAUCGGGUUACUUCACGGCAGUAAUGAACAUGCCAAACGAAACGCACUUAGUAAUUUUGGGAGCUUAGUUGAUCUCGCAACCAAGGAGGAUUUAUUAUGUUCCUCGACCCAAUCGGGACUCUUCUCAACCGGGAACCCUGUGGAGCAACAAUGGACUGUUUGGGUUGAGGAUGAAUUGAAAAGACGGACAGGCUACUUGAUCUGGCUUCUGGACUGUACACUGACGUACCAUUUUGAUGCCCGUCCAUUACUUUCUCUUGACGAUGGCCUUGCUCCCCUUCCCUCACAUGAAAGCCUUUGGCAAGCGAAGUCGGCCGGAGCCUGGAAACAGAUUUAUGAUAAGGCUUUGGGUCGAGGACGCUUUUCUCUCUACGAUGCCGUCUUGAUCAUGUACAUUGAAAAGAGACUGGUUCCUAGUAUGGGAGAGUUCAGUCAUAUUCUUCUGAUUCACGCACUCUAUCAUCGAAUGUGGGAGGUUGGCGACUAUUUUCGUCGCCCCUUGUCGUUCUGGAACCCGACCGCAAAGAAACAAUCGCGAGAAGCGGCAAUUCCAACGGGAUCUGUGUGGCUCCCGGGUAUCCCUUCAUAUUCAAAGUGGCGAAAUAGUGCCUGCGACUGCCUAGACAUUCUUCAUUGGACGGCAAAUAGUAUCAUCGCCAAGUCAGGAGGGUUUGAGCAUCCGACCGUUUUGCAUCUUCAUGAAGCCCGAAUUGUGCUACUCGCCCCCUUUCAUGAAAUACGAUCCUUGGCCACCUCCCUAGCGACGGGGAAGGUCCACUGGAAUGAGAGACAACAAGCCAUCGAGUGGCAUUACAUACAGCGAUGGAUCAAGCACGACCAAUACAAAGCGCGUCUUGCGGUUAUCCAUGCGGGUGCAUCCCUGUGGCACACCCAACGAUAUUCGACCAAUGCGUUCCACGAGCCUGUGGCCGCCUUCCUUGCGAUCCUCACUCUCUGGGCCUACGGCCUCUGCCAUCCCCAGGUGCCGCCUGAAGCCAGUGGUUCUUAUGCCGGAUCAAUGCGCAGACCGUCCAAUGAGCCGAGUUCCGUUCAACUGGAUCGCCCUUGCAACGACGAGCUAGUCCAAAUGUUUGUUCGUGAAGGUCAGGUCAUGAGAGGAACCAUUGCUGGCGUGGGGGAUAUUUGCGGCCCUGAUGGACCGAAGAGAAUCCUGCGGGCUGGGUGUGCGAUCCUUGCGGGCAUCAAUUCGUGGGGGAUAUCGAAGCAAUUCAUGCUGACAUUAGCCAAACUCGCCGAGGCGAUGUCUCAGCUGACUAGCGUACCUAGUGUUGCGCAUCUUGAAGCCACCGAGUACAAAUAUCGCCCAUUGAGUUCCGCUCCGGACGAAGUGAUGGAGCGCGAUGGCACCUCCAAACAUGAGCCCGAGCUAGAUGAAAAAUUUCCCAACCGACCACGAAACCAUGCCUCGACACUCCCUUUCCACGAGCUCUUCCAAUCCCUAUUCAACCCUCUCAGUGACAUCAAAAAGAAACCCGCCGGCGCCGCGGGUCCGCGUCGAAAAGUCGGCCCUCAUGGCCAGUCCUCAGCGAACCUCAAUCCCCUGGAACGACGACGCGAUGUGAUCGAGCGGUUUAUCUCGCGGUGGCGCAAGGAAGUCGGCGAUGACAUAUACCCCGCGUUCCGGCUGAUACUUCCGGACAAGGAUCGCGAUCGAGCGAUGUACGGGAUCAAGGAGAAGGUGAUCGGAAAGAUGCUGGUGAAGAUCAUGAAAAUCGACAAGAACUCCGAGGACGGGUUCAAUCUCUUGAAUUGGAAACUGCCGGGCCAGGUGAGCGCGCAUAGUAUGGCGGGCGAUUUCGCGGGACGGUGCUACGAUGUGAUUUCCAAGCGGCCGAUGCGGACGGAGGUCGGGAGCAUAACGAUCGAGGAGGUGAAUGAGCGGCUGGAUCAGCUCUCGACGGCGUUCAAGGAGGAAGAUCAGCAGCCGAUUUUGGCGGAGUUUUAUCGCCGCAUGAAUCCCGAAGAGCUCAUGUGGUUGAUCCGCAUCAUCCUCCGGCAGAUGAAGGUCGGCGCGACGGAGCGGACCCUGUUCAAUGUCUGGCACCCGGAUGCGGAGAACCUCUACAGUAUCUCCAGCAGUCUUCGGCGCGUGUGUUGGGAACUGCAUGAUCCCAAUAUACGACUGGACGCCGAAGAUAAGGGGAUCGCGUUGAUGCAGUGCUACCAGCCACAGCUAGCUCAAUUUCAGAUGCAUUCGCUGGAUCGGAUGAUCAGUCGAAUGAAGCCGACCGAGGAGGAUCCGGUGUUUUGGAUUGAGGAAAAGCUUGAUGGGGAGCGCAUGCAGUUGCACAUGGACUCUGACGGUUCAGUCCCGGGAGGAAGGAAAUUCGGCUUCUGGUCAAGAAAGGCGAAAGAUUACACAUAUCUCUAUGGUAAUGGUAUACACGAUGAGAACGGGGCCUUGACAAGAUACUUGACCGAUGCGUUUGCCGACGGUGUCAAUAGUGUGAUCUUGGACGGCGAGAUGAUCACCUGGGAUCCCGAGCAAGAUGCACCAGCGCCGUUCGGCACCCUCAAGACAGCCGCGUUGGCGGAGCAAAGAAACCCGUUCUCGAACGGGGCCCGGCCACUGUUCCGCAUCUUCGAUCUUCUAUAUCUUAAUGGGCGAGAUAUUACGCGAUAUACGCUUCGUGACCGUCGCAACGCGCUACAGAAAUGUAUCAAAUCUGUUCAUCGCAGAUUUGAGAUUCACCCCUACGAGGAAGCAACUGGCAAGGCCGAGAUUGAAACGGCACUCAGGAAAGUAGUCGCAGAAGCUUCUGAGGGCCUGGUGCUCAAAAAUCCCCGAUCACCUUAUCGUCUGAAUGAAAGGCACGACGACUGGAUGAAAGUCAAGCCGGAGUACAUGACCGAAUUUGGAGAGUCACUGGAUCUCGUCGUCAUCGGAGGUUACUAUGGAAGUGGUCAUCGGGGCGGCGCUCUUUCGAGCUUCCUGUGUGGAUUACGAGUCGACGGGGCUAGUUCAUCACAAGGCGCGAGUCCGACGAAGUGCUACUCAUUUUGUAAAGUUGGUGGAGGGUUCAAUGCCACCGAUUAUGCCAACAUUCGGCACCAUACGGACGGCAAAUGGACCGACUGGAAUCACAAAAAGCCGCCGACGAUGUACAUCGAAUUAGCGGGCGGCGACGCUCAAUAUGAGCGUCCUGAUAUGUGGAUCAAGCCGGAAGACUCGGUUGUCCUGUGUGUCAAAGCGGCCUCGGUCUCUAUCAGUGAUCAGUUCCGAAUCGGGCUGACGCUACGUUUCCCUCGAUUCAAGAAACUGCGGAUGGACAAGAACUGGAAGAGUGCCCUUUCAGUGCAAGAGUUUCUGGAUCUCAAAUCGAACGUCGAACAGGAACACCAAGAGAAGGUGUUUGAUGUUGACAAUUCCCGCCGGAAACGGACCAAGAAAGUUACCAAAAAGCCGAUUGCUAUUGCCGGGUACGAUGAGAAGGAGGCAGAAGUCGAAUAUGCCGUGCCAUCUGGAGAGAUCUUCAAGGGACUCAAUUUCUAUAUUUUGACGGAUUCAAACACCCGUGACAAGAAGACCAAAUCGGAGUUGGAGCAGCUGGUCAAGGCGAACGGGGCCAGCUUCUUCCAGAAAGACAACGCCGCCCCAAACACCAUAUGCAUUGCAGACAGAAGAACGGUCAAGGUAGCUGCCGUGCAGAAAAAGAACACCAACAUCGUCCGUCCAUCGUGGAUCUUGGAUUGCGUCCACCAGAACGUGAUUGAUGCAGGACUUCCAGACUUUCUGCUUCCGCUGGAGCCGCGACACAUGUUCCACGCCACCCCCGAGAAGCAAGAAGAAGUUGCUAGCAAUGUUGAUCGAUUCAAUGAUAGCUAUGCGCGCGACGUCACUCGCGAAGAACUCAGCGAGAUCCUAGAGCAAAUGACUAAAGACCACGCAUUUGACCUCCCCCGAGAUACUAACGCCGAGAGAAAGCUCCACGAAAAUAUCCAGGAGAAUGUAAACUCCGGAUGGGAGGUGCCAUGGGGAUGGCUGUUCAGAGGCCUGACAUUCCACUUCCACUCGACCAAGCAAAAUGACGCCAGUCAUCCGUACCGUCUCCAGCUGGCAAAAAACACAGCCCGAUUUGCAGAAGCGAUCGUUGCAGACUCUUCCAGCGAUCGGACCAUCACACACAUCAUUGUGGACCCAGACACCCCAGCAUCAGACAUUCGCCUGAUUCGAGAAUCACUGUCGACGACGCACCGCAAGAAACUGCCUCAUGUCGUCACCGUCGAAUGGAUCGAAGAAAGCUGGAAGCAACACACCCUCUUGGACGAAGAACGUAAGUCAUCGGCUUCUAAGCAUAUACACACUGGUGACGAUCUCUCUAACCCCAUUGAUUGA